AGCUUGAGCUAGCACUCAAGGAAUUCAUAUUAAUCUAUCAACACCACACUAUUCUAAGCGAUGCCAUGAUGAUCAAAAAAGCAAAAUUGUUAGCAGAUGAACUUGGACUUCAUGAAGAAGCAGGUUCUGUUGAUAAGGAUGUUAUUACUGAAUCCUUAUCUUUAUUGCAAAGUAAAUGCUCUAAAUACCCUCUUGACUGCAUAUAUAACAUGGAUGAAACCAGGCUUUUUUACCAAUUGGAACCAGAUCGAACCUUAGCGAUUCGACGAAUUGCAAGGUGCAAAAAAAAUAAGAAACGUAUUUCUCAUGUUCUUUUACUUCUUGAUAAUUGUUCUAGUCAUAAGUUAGAUAGGCUAACCCUCCGGCAUGUAGAUGUACAUUUUUUACUCAAAAAUACAACUUCUAGGAUACAACCCAUGGACAUAGGAAUUAUCAUGGCUUUUAAAAGAGCCUAUCAUCGUUUUCAUCUUCAGUUGUCAGUGAAGCAGACUAUCAGUGAAACAGGGCUGGAUAUUGGUAUUGAAUUUUACUCUUUAAUUUAUUAUGAUACACAAGUCGAAGCAAGUAAUCUUGUUCAGGAUUUGAAAAUAAAUGUUUUACAAGCAAUCUUGUAUAUCAUAAAGGGUUGGGAGGAGGUUUCGGCUGUAACCAUACGUAAUUACUGGCAUUAUACAAAAAUUCACCUGUCUAGUGCAAAUCUUUCAAAUGAUCUUCGUGAAGCUGGCGAUUCAAGGCUUGAAGGUCUUAUUAGGUCACUGGAUACUCUCUGUCUUCCAAAUGCGAUGGAAAUUAAUAAAUUCUUAAAUUUUAAUGGUGAAGAGAUUGUUUACGAAGUCCUCCCAGAGAAUCAAAUCAUUAAGAAGCUGGCUUAUGUGUUCAGAAAUGAUGAAAGUGUUGAAGUUAUGAAUGAAGGAAAUACUGAGGUAAUAGAUGAAGAAGAAAAUGAUAGUGUAGAACCCGCAAUUGUUAGUGGUAGCUUGGCGUUGAAUAGCUUAGAAAAUGUUCAGAUGUUUUUACUUUAG